AUGAACGAAGGAAAUCACGAAGGACAUGAACAUCCUACAAACCUGUCGCUAGACGCUCUGCACAGCCUCUAUGGGAGCACACAACAAGAACAGCAGCAGCCUCUUCUUGCGGGCUACUUGAAUCAAGCGUCGAAUGAUCAGCAUCCAGCACAGCUGCAGCAAUUGCAGCUCUUGCAGUCGUUGAUGCAGCAGCAACAACAACAGCAGCAACAGCAUCCGACUCAGAACCACCAGUUCCAUGCACCCCUCCUGCAGCCAUAUGCUCAGCAGGCAACGACGCGGUCCUUGAACUUUGACUCCAUACGAUCGGCGGCACCCGCCACCAGUGGGGUUUCACCCACAUCACUGGGUCGUUUCAAUUCAGACCUGCAAGCACAGCUGCUUCGAUCAUUGUCAAACCCACCAGCAAGCUCUCAAAAGAACAAUGCUCUUCGCAUAGCCUUGGAAAAGCACAGCAUUUUGGAAAGGGCUAGAGCACUCAAUGAGAUUGAAAUCAGAAGAGCUCUAGGACAAGAGCCAGCAGCAGCAGCAGCACAACAAGGUCAAAGCCAAAGUCAAAGUCAAGCAGCUUCGCUAGGAAUAUUAGCUCAACUGAACUCAUCUUUGUUUGGCAUCAUUCAGCGAGAAGGGAGUGGUGCAGGAAGCUCGGGGAGCAAUCAAAUGCCCUCAUCAUUUGGAUCCAAUGAUUCUGACUCGUCAGGUCAAUACAUUCAAAUAGACACGGUUGCCAGACCAAUGUCGCCAAUCUCGGACGAGGCAAACGGCUCGGAUGAUUCUGCCAAUGAUAACACCACCAGAGAUCGAGGUACUACUACUCAAUCAUCAUCCUUGUCUGCCCCCUUGCACUUUGCUGCUGCUGCGUCUGCUGCAGGCGAAGAAGGCAGCAAUGUCAGGGAUCUGAGAAUGGUUCAAGACAGCACUUGGGAAUCUCGCUUUAAAGAUCUCGUGCAGUUCAAACAAGAACAUGGACACUGCAAUGUACCCAGACGAUACAAAGCUAACCCCAAACUUGGUGUUUGGGUCUGCAGUGUACGCCAACAAAUGGCCCGAGGCACUCUCAACAAGGCGAAGAUGGAGCGUUUAAACGAACUUGACUUUCAGUGGCGAAUCACCGUCAUCAAGGGAGGCCAGAUCAAUCCUCAAAUCGCCAAGAGUGAUCAAUGGAUUGAAAACUUUCAACACCUCAAAUCCAUCAAGGAGCGUACUGGAGAGUGCGCUGUGGUCCCCGCUACCAAUCGCAAACUGUGCAAAUGGAUCGACAGACAACGGAGGGAAAUGAACAAGGGCAAGCUACCAAUGGAAAAGCAAGAAAAGUUGAACUCCAUUGGUUUCCAAUGGAAACCAGCUUCGGUAUCAGUGGAGUGA